AUGUCGUUAGGAUUCUUGAGCGAGUGGGGCGCCGCCGCCGAAUGCCGAGCUACGCGGCUCUGGGCCGCAGCCUCCACUCCCGCGCGGGCUUCACCGACGCUCGAUUGCAGUCCUUGUCGCUGGCUGCGGUCCAGGUCCUCGCCUGUCAGAGCUGAAGCUGGCGAAGACCGAACACGUAACCAGAGUCGCGAGAGUAGUCCAGCCCCGCACGGCAGGCCGGGCAGGGACGGCAGCACCCUGGUAUGUGGAUACUCCACGACAUUCAGGCGAGACGGGGGUGCGCGGUACAUCACGCGUCCCCCCCCGCGCCCCGUGCGACUCCUGCGGGCGCCCCCAGACUCUACACAUCCGAUCACCGUACAGAAGCGCUGCAGCCGCGAGGGUAGGCACGUAGCGGCACAGACGCUGCGCACUCUGAUAGCAGCACUCCCGCUGGACGCGCCGCCCCUGUGCUGCCCUGCGCGACACUCCGCACUCGACAACGCGACGCCUUCGCAGGGAACCGAUCAGGGAGAGAUGUUUUUGACGCCAACUGCUGACAUCAGCUCGCACGGCACUCAUGUACCGACACAUGCCGAGUGCGCGCCGCCGCGGACCCGCCGGGCCAGCGUCGCCGUCCAGGCCUCUCUAGCUUCGACUGAGAAUCCAGACUAUCUGCAGACGGAGUCUAGCAGCCCAGGCGGUGGCCCGCGCGAUACAGACACGAGACCCGACCCCACUGACGCCUGUGAUGAUGAGUGCAAGAACGCAACGUGGAGGCACGGAGUCCGCGCGCUCAGGGACGCUCACAUGCGCCUCGCGCGCCGCCACCUGCGCCUGCUGGACACGCUCAGCCGCGCGCUGGACCCAUCGCCGCGCGCUCACAGGACCAGGGCGAGUGCCAACAAACUGCGUCUUUGAAAUUUGUGA